UUUACUACAGUAAUCAUGGUUUAACUGUGGUAUUUGUAGUUAUACCAUAUAAUUAGCUCAUAAAAGCAUAAUAAACCACGGCUUAAUCACAGCUAAAACCGUAUUUGUGUGCAACCACGUCACUGUAAUCACCACAGUUGCAUUACAGUUAAGUUUCAUGAGAUGAAAUUUCAGCCUGACAUGGAAAAUUGGGAUAUCCCCUAGAUGAGAAAGCAGUGUGUUUGAAUGUGUGUUUUCAACAGGAGGCGCAGCGUCUCUCAGUGUAAAAUGUCUGUCGCUGCUUGAGUCGUGUUUCUUCCUGCUCUGACGCUGGACUGCCCUCCAUCUGAAACUAAAACAAAGAUGACAAGGCCGCUACUUCUGUGUAAGUGUCCGCAUAAGAGAGUUGUAGGAUAUCUCCUAGCAUCAUAUUAGCGAACAAAACCUGGCUGGUACUGGGGUGUCAACACGAUAUAUCCCCGCCUGAAGUCGUCAGUCGGCGGCAUGUCGCUGAGCUCAGGCGGGUGGACUCACACACCUCCGCCGGCCCAGUCUUCAUCGUCUCAUCUCGGCCACGAGGCCUCGCAGUCGGCCUGCAGCACUGUUUUGAUGUCAGUGAAGGUGUCAGUAUGCCACUCUGGUAUACGACCUCUUUGUCUCCCGGGCGCCGGAGACGAAUCUCUCCGUCUUCAGCUGAGCAUGGACCCGGGGAAGGCAGGGGAAUUCCGCCUUGCGUUACGGGACGUCAGCGGAACAACGGCUGGACGCAGUGUGUCCAUUGCUGAGUUUGACCUCAAGACUGUUCGCUAUGAAGUCAAGUCCCCACAGUGCCAUGAACUGAGUUUGGUAACACCCCCACACGACCGUAUCACUUUCAACUUCCGCUGUGAGCAGGAAGCACAGGAGUGGGCCACUGUAGUGAUGUCAUCACUCCGUGAAGCGCAUAGAGUGGCGAUUAAUUCAUCCACUGAAGAAGGAAAGCUACCACCCCAGCCUUUGGAUUCACAGAGCAAUGCACCCAUGCCAUGUACAGAGGAGAUAUGUGCGGAGCUGGUUAGCGCAAUAGAGGCAGGUGAUGUUCGGGCGGCAUCUGUCUGUGCAUCAUCUUUAGCUAAACAGAAAGCUGCUCUGAGCAUUCAGCCCUCUAAACAUAAUUACACUGACACUGAAAUUAGCCUAGCUGUGGUGGUAGAGGAUGCAUCCUCUUCCUGUUGUGUCACAGUGAACGUCUUCCCCCACUCCACAAUUGGUGCUCUCAAACAGCAGGUCUUCACAGACUAUGGUUUUCAUCCACGAGUGCAGCGCUGGGUCAUUGGCCAGUCUUUGUGCUCUGAUCAUCGCUCUCUGGCUUCUUAUGGAGUUCAGCGAGAUGGCGACACUGCGUUCCUUUAUCUCGUUUCUGCCCGUCAGGCUCGACUCAGUCGAGGGCUGUACCAACAAGAUCAGGAAAGUGCUUUACUCAUGCCAGCUUUGGCGCCAACGUCUAAUCAGCCUCACCAAGAAGUGGUACCCAAUGGGCCAGCAGCUCUGAACACAGCCUCAAGGCCAUACAGCACCCUGCCUACGAGACUUCAUAGCAGCCAUAAUACUCUGACCAACAGUGCUGGAGGGACAGAGAGGUUGGGAUUGAGUGAUAUCCGUGACCUGAUCAACCUUGAGCUGCCGCAGUUGAAUGAAGCCCUGGCGCCCAACAGAACAAGCACACAGCUGGGAUGGGCCUGCCCAACCUGUACAUAUAUUAAUAAACCGACACGUCCCGGCUGUGAAAUGUGUAGCGCAGACAGACCUGAAAGCUACACUGUUCCCGGCAACUACAGACCAGAUGCUCUGGAGCUACGACGCAUUCAGAAGGAAAAAGAAGCAAUAAGACAGUACCAACAGGCCAGAGAAGCAGAGCGCAGGGAAAACUUUGCACGUCUGGUGCAGAUGGACGGACAGGAUCUGAUUCCUAACCCAGAGAGAGUGGAGUGCAGGAUCUGCUACGUGGAGCUUGAGUCUGGUGAGGGAGUCCUGCUCCGAGAGUGUCUCCACUGCUUCUGCAAAGAGUGUCUGCGCUCUGUGAUUCUGAUGUCAGAGGACCCUCAGGUGGCAUGUCCAUACAGAGACGAGGCCUACGCCUGUGACUGCAUCUUGCAAGAAAGAGAAAUCAGAGCUCUGGUGUCAGUAGACGAUUAUGAGCGCUGGUUGCAGAGGGGUCUGUCUGUUGCAGAGUCUCGAUGUGAGGGCAGUUAUCACUGUGCUACUGCAGACUGCCCAGGCUGGUGUGUUUAUGAAGAUACGGUCAACACUUACUGCCCAGUGUGCAAAAAACACAACUGCCUGCUCUGCAAGGCCAUUCAUGAAGGGAUGAACUGUAAGCAAUAUCAGGAUGAUCUAGCAGCUCGCGCUAUCAAUGAUUCCGCAGCUCGAAGAACCAGAGACCUGCUCAAGACUCUUGUUAAUUCUGGAGAGGCGAUGCAUUGCCCUCAGUGCGGUAUCAUUGUGCAGAAGAAAGAGGGCUGUGAUUGGCUCCGCUGUACUGUCUGCCACACCGAGAUCUGCUGGGUCACCAGAGGGCCACGCUGGGGGCCUAAAGGUCCUGGAGACACAAGUGGAGGCUGCCGCUGCAAUGUCAACAAACAGAGAUGCCACCCAAAAUGUCAAAAUUGUCACUAAAUGGAAGAGCAGCAGAUAGAGAAGGAGGUACAAGAAAGAGAGAGAAUUUCAUUAUGACAGACAUACACUUUUGAGUGUGAACUGACAUAUACUGUCCACCUGUUAAAGCUUUCAGAUCAGUUUUCUGACGCUGAAAUAUAGAAAUGUGUAGGUCUGUCGUACAACAAAUGUUGCAAUGGUGCAUUUUAUGUGAUUAAAUAACGAAUCAAAUGAAGGCACGGAGGAGAAUCCACUUGAAAACAAAGGAUGGACAACUGUUGGACAACUACUUUAUCAGUCCAGUCAGCAUUCUAAUAUUGUGUAAUUAUAAAAAAAUCCACAGAAAAGCUUUAAAUUCACUCAACUGUAUGUUACAUAACAAAUAUCACCUAAACUAUGAAAGCAUUUUAUUUUGAAUCUGUGAUUUCAAGUCGAGUGUUAACUCUGAAUAGCUGUAGCGUGGUAUUUAAGACAGAAUUGUUACUUUAAGGGUGCCUGAAUUAGUAGUUUGGAAAUUAAUUAUUCUUUUUAAUGAGUCAGUCAACAGGUUCACUGGUAAAUUACUCAUGUAAAACUGUGAUGUGGGUGGCAGAUCGGAACUUUAAGCAACACAGAACUUAAUGUUCUACAUAACCUGAAUCAUAAACAUUGUGAUAAAAAAAAAAAAAAAAAAAACAUUAUAUAUAUAUAUAUAUAUAUAUAUAUAUAUAUAUAUAUAUAUAUAUAUAUAUAUAUAUAUAUAUAUAUAUAUAUAUAUAUAUAUAAACAGUCACAUGGUAAAGUUUUUAAACAUUUUUUUAAUGUUAAUUGAAAAGUUGAUAAAGUAAAAAAUAAAGCCAUCUGAAGCUGCCGAUGAAAAUGAAAACAAGGGAAUCGUUACAAUGCACUUACACAAAUACGUUUGUAUUUGUCUUGUCUUAAUCUUAAAGCUAUACUACACUGUUAAGACGUGUUACUGAAAGUGCCUUUUCUUGCCUGUUUUUGUCUUGUAAGUCAUGUAACCACUAACAUUAGUAGUCGUUUUGCAGUGUUACAUUAUUAUUAUUAUUAUUAUUAUUAUUAUUAUGUUAAAUAAUGUGUUGUAGAUUUGUGAUCCUGGAUAAUUUAUGUGUGCAGUGUUUUCCCUUCAAAUUUCCUACGAACCAAGAGACAUUGUAUUUCGUGCAUAAUGUAUGUUGCACAUUUUUUCAGUAAGUUUAACACAUUUCAGUGUACUUCUUUAAGAUGUUAUUAUUUGUAAGGUUUGUUUGUAAGUUGGAUGUGGUUAAUAUGUAGCCCAGUUAUUUAGUAUUGUUUUAAUCUUACAUUGCAAUGCUAUGCUAAUUUGAGUAGCAGUAAUGGUCAAGAGCAGGGACCUGAGGCUUGUGUGGGAAGUUCGCAAGCCUGAUAUAAGCCAAAGGAUUGAUGUCACUUCCAAAGCUUUGAAUCUAUGCACUGAAGAAAAAAAAAAAGUCAGCACCCAAAGCAUUUACUUAUGCACCUAAAUGAACAUUUCAAGAAUGUUUCCUUGAGUCAAAGUCAUUAUCUGAAACAUCAAAACAGAAUUUUGGUUCACUUUUUUUUUUUUUUUUUUUUAUUUCAAAGCAUUUAUAUUGACAUUGUAACUGAGAUUGCAAUGAAAUUAUGCAGUGUGUUUGUACAAUUGCCAUUUUGGGGCCUGUUCAUCCUUUCUCAUGAUAAUGAUUAGGAGCCUCACUAAUGUUCAAAUAUGUGAACUAUGAAGUUUGAGUAGAGUGAAUCUGCAUGUACCACAGAAGAAAAGUGAAUGACUGAAAAUGGAAAGGUCCCUGCACCUGCAGAAAUCUUACACUUUAAUUUAGUAGAAUAUUCUGACCUCAGGGUUGCAAGUCUUAAAGAGUGCCUUAAAGAUUAUAGUACUGAGCACCUGUAACUACAAUAUUUAAAACUCUUAAAUUCUCAUUACCUAUUUGGACUAAUUUAACAUGCUUCAUAUUUUGUUCUUAAAAAAUAAAAAUAAUUACUACCCUG